CUCCUGCUGGGUGAUAUGGGAAAUGUGUCAGUGGGUAAUGAGUAUACCUGUGUUCCUGCCGGGUGACCUGGGAAACGUGAGCUGUUGGGGGUCCCGAGGACAGAGUUUGAGAACCACUGUUCUACAGUCUAUACUCAGGGACGUGUUGGAUAUAGAAGAGAGCGACCAGGAUGGGCACCGAUAAGAAGAAAGUUACUGGUAAGAAAAGAGAUCGUCCGACUAAGGAGAAGUCUCCCGGGUCUUCUAACCAAGAGCAAGGUCCUCAGAAGAAGCAGAGGAAAGAGGGAAGGGACCCUAACUCUCAGCCUGAGAACACGCCCACGGCGCAGAGCAAUAAAGGCCCACCGAAGAAUCUACUUCCACGCCUAGACCCCAAAUCUGUUGGGUAUUUCCGCAGGGUGGGAGAAACUCUGCAGCAAGACUUCGAGUCGGAUGAUGACAGAGGUCUCUUUGUCCGGAACGUCUUUAAGGAGGUGAAGGGGAGCGAGCUGGCUCUGGCCACGGACAUGUCCGGGAGUAUAGUGCUGCAGAAGCUGCUUUCCGUUGCCACGUCGUCCCAGUUGUGCCAGGUUCUGACUGUCCUCAGUGGGCACUGGCAGGAGGUGUGCUGGCACCGCAGUGGGGCUCAUGUCAUUCAGACUGCCCUCCUCCAGUACCCGCGGCUGCAGAGCCAGGGAAGCACAGAGGAGCAGCAGCAGGAGGAGGAAGAAGAGGAUGAGGAGUGUGAGCCCGGCAGUAACCUGGAAGACGUAGUAUUGAGUCUGUGCUCAGAAGUGAAGAGCAAGUUUCUCCCGUAUAACCAGAACACGCACGGAAGUUUCAUUGUACGCACUUUGUUCCAAGUGCUUAGCGGGGUCAUCCUGAAUCAGGAGACCGCCAAGAAAGGAGCGCAAGGAACGAAAGUGAAAUUUAUGUUUGAGGUGCCAGAGAGUUUCCUGCAGCAAUUAAAGGAGCUGAGCGGAUUAUUCAGUGGUCACAUUGCAGUGUUUGCCACCAAUAAACUCGCGAGUCUGGGGAUGCAGGUGGCCUUGCAGGUUCUGCAGAGGAAAUCGCCGUCCACCUGUGCGUCACUUUGUGAUGAUGUCAUCAACUAUUUGUCCUCCAGGAAUUCUUCCAGCGAUGGCAGCUCCCUCUUGGUCUUCCUGAAGGAUGAGACCAGCAGCCGCCUCCUGGAGAGAAUUUUGGAAGUGUCUGAGAAAAAACAACUCCGCCGUCUCUUUAAAACCCACUUUAAAGGCCAGCUUCAGGCUCUGGCCGCCCACCCCAUUGGCAACUACACUGUGCAAAGACUUGUCUGUGCCACCCAGACCAAGAAACUGUUCUCGACGUUGUUUGAUGAAUUGUCACCGGCGAUAGAGGACGUUUUGGCCAAAGGUCACAUGGGGAUUAUCACAACCCUGGCAGAGACUUGUAAGAGGCUUCAGAGUUACCAGGCGGAGCUCGUUUCCCAACUCAUGGAGGCCUUCCACUGCGCUGCUCCAGUCUCUCGCCGUGUUGCUUGCGUGCCGCUGUUCCUCUCUCUGCUGGCCUACGAGGUUUAUUACAAGAUCGAGGAAGAGGAGGAGCCGUCUGAACACAAAGAGAACGCGGAGAUAAAACUGGAGUCGGUGAACUAUCAUGGCUCCUUACUGGUUCAGCACCUACUCCAUUUUGAAAAUCCCACUCAGAUUCUGCACAGUUUGGCGAGUAUGACUGAAGCCGACCUCCAGACGGUGGCUUGUAGCCAGUCCGGAAGCCACAUAUUCAAUGCCCUUCUCAGCAGCUCCACCAUAACGGAGAAACAAAGGAAGAAGGUCCUGUGGAAGCUGAGGGCUCACUCUAUGGAGUUGGCGUGUAACAAGUACGGAAGCCGCGUGCUGGACCGUGUCUGGAAUGUGUCGACCAUGGGAGUUAAAGAAGAGAUCGCUCAGAUACUGGUUGAAAGACUCCGUGAGCUGCAGAAUGACCCCAUCGGACACCACAUCGCCCGCAACUUUGCUCUGACUCACUUUGUGAAACGGCGGAAGGACUGGCAGGAGCACCAGCAAGCUGAGAACAAACGCCGUAAGCUGUUCGCCGACAUCCUGGAUGACUGAGGAGAUGGCUGGUGGUGGCCUCCAAAUGCCCAGGACUCUUGUUAUAAUGUAGCACCUAGCCAGUCAUCACCAGUGAGCAGAGUAUGAUAUACUUGCCUUGUCCACCAUUCGCUGGUCAUCUGACUCCCUGGUCCACAUGACACGUUCUCCCACCUUACCUUCGAUACACAGUCCUAAAUGUGUUUCUAUCAAUGGGACUUCUAGAACUUGGACUGGGAGAAGUUUUGAUGGAGGAGCUUUGAUGUUAGAAGGCUCCGACACACGGGUUAGGUAUAACUUCCCAUAAGUCCACACUUGGGGUUUUAGAUGUUUUCUGUCCUGGCCCUGAGAGGAGUCACAUUGGCCUCAUUGUUAUGUUCUGGACUGGUGACAAUCCCAUGUUGGGAGGAGACCAGUUCCUCUGUUAACAUCUGUUGAUGGUUAUUUCAGGAUUUUGGUGGAGCAGUCUGGUUCUUUGUGUUUAGCCGUUAAAUCUCCUGAGAACUAAUUGUGCUCCCAAAAUGUUCACAUUUCUUUGUACAUAACAUCCAACCGUUCCGUGUAUAGGACUUGUGCAAAAGGAAUUUGAACUUUGUUCGUAAUAAAAUAUUUUAUCUAAGUUUC